CGAGAAGCUCGCGCUUUUGUGAAAGGAAAUAUACGUUGCUAGUGCUCUCGUGGUUGCAACUAGUACACCAGAUAAUAGAAAAAAACGAAGGGAAAAAGGUUGAAUAGAAGACAACUGGCCUAACACUCCCCGAUCCUCGCUUGCCAGCUGCUAGUACCACUACUGACCGAAUGCACUGACGGAAUCAUUAGUGGCGGUGGCGCUACUGGUGUUACUUUUGCUCGCUUAUGAUGCUCACCAUUCGCCAACGCUGCCAAGCGCUAAUGCUCCGCGAAGGACGCGCGCACACUACAUAAUGAUGCGGCGGAGCGACAUCGUAGUGCUUAUGAUUCUGAGUCGCCACCAGAGAGAGAGAGAGAGCGUUUAGCUUUUAGCUAACUCCCUUGGCAGGUGUGACCUUCAACGGUGAUCCGUCGCUUCAGUCGGGCGGCCGGUAUGUCAUCGCGCGAAUCAGUCAGUCAGUGCGCCACAUUCAGCGUUCUUCGAGAUGCUAAGACCGCACCGUAGCUACACACCGUGGCUAAACGGGGCGCACACAAAAGCGACCAGAGGAAAAAAGAGCUCGAUUUUCCCACAGAAGCUAGCCAACCGCAACGUGCACUCCACGACACGGCCGCGCGAAGGCUUUCCGAUAACGUUCGAAAGAUUGUGCUGCUCUAGCGUGAAGCAGAGACAACCAGUCAGUGGACAGUGGAUGUAGCGGGUAUUACCUCAAAGGUGCUAAUGCCUGGAACGAAAUCCAUCGUUUGGUUUCGCUUUAAAUGCUCCACCACUCGAUCGAAUCAACGACACGGACAGACGCAGCUCGCAGAUGAAGAUGUCGGCGCAAACAUCAUUUCAUUUUAAUUUCGUUGAAUAUCCAAUCCAGCUUCUGUUAAUCCACGAACAAGAUACAUCCACGACGAAAAAGCACAGUCCCGGCCACAUCAAACGACCAAUGAAUCCGUUCAUGGUCUGGAGCCAGAUUGAGCGGCGCAAGAUCUGCGAGAAAACGCCGGACAUGCACAAUGCGGUCAUCUCGAAGAACCUCGGUCAACGGUGGAAACAGUUGAGCCCGGAAGAGCGACAACCGUUCAUCGAUGAAGCGGAACGGCUGCGGCAGCUGCAUACCCGCGAGUAUCCCAACUACAAGUACCGUCCAAAGAAGAAGCAAGUGAAGGGUGGUGGUGGUGGUGGUGGUAGCGGUGGUAGUUCUCAUGGCAAGUCCGCCGGCAGUAGCCCGUCCUCCGGCGCUAGUGGAUCUCCAGCAUCAUCGACCGGAUCGCCGGAAUCGGUGUCCUCUCCCCAGAGCUGUUCAUCACUGUCGUCGUCGUCCUCGUCGUCGUCCUCGUCCUCGUCGUCAUCUUCGUCCACAACCGCCGUCUCGACGGGCAAGUCCUCAUCACCAAGCGCUAGACGCAAUCGUAGCGGGAAGAUCUCGAAGAACAGCCAAUCGUCUGGCGGUGGUGGAGCUGGUAGCCUGUCCAAAUCGAAAAAGAGCAUCAUUAUACAAGAGCUUGGUCAGCCGACGAUGGCCGCACUGGCGACGGCUGCCACUGCUACCACACUCGCUGCCCAACCGGACACCUGCUUUUCGUACGCCACCAAGCUGCUGCCCAAUUCGCCCGAAAGUGCCACGUUGUACGACGAGCGGUCACUCAUCUCGCCGGAAGCGUUCGACAGCCAGAUCUACACGAACGAUCUGUUCGCGGUGGAUGAAAGCAAGGACUUUGAACAGGACUCGCUCGGGAAAGCCUACCUCGGUUACGUCAAUGGCGGUACCACGACAGACCUGGGCGCGACACUGGACACCGGAGUCACUACGACUCCCUGUCACAGCAGUCCCCUUCCGGAUCUGAGCCAGCUUAGUGUGGACCAAGGUAGCCAUCCUGCCAGUCCCAGUCUCCUGCAGCAACAGCAUCAGACACUAAACCACAACAACAACAAUAACAACAACAACAGUCUUCAGGUCAACAACAACCACAUACAACAACAUCAACAGACUGCGGACAACAAGGAGCUAUUCAUGGGUUGCCAGCAAUCGCAGCAACAGCAGCAGCAGCAGCAGCAGCAGCAGGUGAUCAAAUCUUUGUACUCCGUUGAGAAUGAUGUGGAGAGCGUGAAGGCGGAGAAGCUGUUUGAUGAUGAUGAUUGUCAGAGUGAACGGUACGACCAGAGUAUCCUGGAGGAAGUGUGCAUGAAUGUGGAUAACGGGAACCAUCGCAUGGAUCUGACGCUCACCGGUGCCAAUGGUGGUGGGUGCUUUGCGGAAACGAUCGUGUACAAUGGUCAGUUUACGUUGGCCGAACCACCUCAGAACCAGCUGCAGCAGCAGCAGCAGCAGCAGCAGCAGCAACAGCAACAACACAACCAAUACAUGCAUCAGCAACAACUGCAGCUACAACAACAGCACCAGCAACAGCAGCUACAACAGCAGCAACAUCACAUAAGCGAUGGUCGAAACCUCAUGGGGACACUCGCGAGCUUUAAAGAACUAACCAACGGUCAGCAGUGCCUCCAGCAGAUACUUCAGCAGUCCUACCACCAUCUGCUUCCUGCGAGCGAUGAGCCCGAGAAGAACUUGCUGUGGGCUACCGGUUCUCGCCAGCAGGAUCAGCAUCAUCUGCAGCAGCAGCAGCAACAACAACAACAGUCACAUCAGCAGCAGCAGCACCAGCAGCAGCAACAGCAGCAGCAACAGCAACACCACCAUCAACAGCAGCAGCAGCAGUGCCUCUCGGGGAUAACGGCGAGCACCGAUAGUGGAUCACGAUCGAGUCUCGUUGUCGUGCCCAGCUGUCAGCCAUCGCCAGCGGACAGUGGCAGCAUACUGGGAGCGGAAGUGAGUCCGGUCGAUAGCUUCGGUGGACCGGCCGUUACCGUGGUUCUGGAUGAUUGCAACAUGGACGGCACGAGCCAGCCAGCGGUCAGUAUGGCUAUGCUGGACGAUAUGCUGAACCAGCCGGACAUGGAUUACACGUUCGAUUGCCUGGAGACGGCUUCGUCGUCCAGCGGUUCGCACCUGGAGUUUAUCACCGACGACAACAGUAUCUUCCUGAGCGAUUCAAACAAUCUAAUCGGGUAUAACGUCUAGGUCGGUUCUAGGUCACGCCAACUUCGUCCUAAACUUCUUCUUCUCUACCACCAAACACGAUAUGGAACGGUGAGCGAUCCUAACGAAAUCCUCGUCAUCUUCGUCUUUCCCUCCCAAAACACACAUCACAAAGACACACACAGAACCGCCUCAAUUAUCUAUUUUCCUCUCUUUUUAUUAAAGUAAAAAAAGGAAAAGGAAAAUCAAACCUAGCCCCCCUUAUACUAUCCCUCAUUCACCAUAAACAUUAAUUACUGCGUAAAUUAAAAUUAAAAAAAAAACGAGAAAAAAUUGUAAAAACCAUAUAGAAUUAAAGAAAAGCUCGUCAAAAUGGCAACCAAAUUCAAACAAAGUGAAGAAAAAGAUUAAGAAAAUUAAGUGCUUUAUUGAACGAAGAAGAAGAAGAAGAUGAAGAUGAAGAAAGUGUAGGUUUACGGUGUGCGAAUGAGAGAGAGAGAGAGAAGAAGAGCAAAUGCGUUUAUGCAGGUAUGUAAGGGAUUGUUUGUUUGAAUGGUGAGCAAAGAUUCACACUAUAUAGCGGGUAAGGUAGAAUACUAAAAGAAGAAAACGUCAGGAACAAGUGUGUAAGGUGCGUGAGAGAAUGUGUAUGUAUGAGUGAAGGAUGUGGCAAGGUCCUGUCGCGGAAGGCAAUAAAACAUUAAGCAAAAAAAACGGAAGGUACAUCUAGGUAAGGUAAGGUAAAAACAGAAAACAGAGCAGAGCAGAGAGAGGAAACUGUAAGAAAAAAGAGGAAAGGAGGAAUGGAGGUGUUUACCAAAACAAAAUAAAACACAAAAAACACAAAAUUAAAACAUCAACACAUACAAGCGACUUAGAGCUUAAAGAAGUAUCGAGAACGAACGUGACGAAAGAAACGGGAGACGAAAGGUAUUUGGUUAAGAGACAACAGACACAGAGAGAGCGAGAGAUAGAGAGAGUAAAGCAACUAAGGCUAUGCACGUCCGGUUGUUUGCGGUGGAUUUUACGUUGAAAAUGUUUUCCACCUUUUCCACGACAACAAGCAGCACCCUGCUCUGCAAGGGAAUGUGCGUAGCAGAGUAAUCUACUAAAUUAUCCUCCAGUCCUAUCCUUCGCCUUCAUGCCUAGGCGGCUCCUUUUUACGGGGUCAAGUUGAUCGAGAUACUGCCGUGGCCAAGACAGGAAAAGCAGAAGGACCGUGCCCGUAACGAGAGUGUCGUGCAUUGUUGCGAGUGUUUAGUUUAAUUAAAAUAGCUAACGUUGUUUCACGUUCAUGGAAAGGGGAGCGGAUGCGAAGCAAGUCCGCUGUCCGCUAGCCUCCGUCCCCGGUCCAUCAUCCCUGGAGCACUCCAGCAGUAUGCAAAGCCGCUCAUCGCUCGAUCUUGCGGAAUUUUCGGAUUCGAUCUCGUUCCUAUUUCCGUUGAUUCUGAGCAAGCUCCUGGGAAAGCGUUCCUUUUGCAUCACUGCGGAGAAUGGGGGGUGAAUGAGGGUGCUUGCCAGACCCACAUUGAAGGAUUUUGUUUCAUUGAAAUUGGACGGAAAAUUGUACUAAACACCAUUUCAUCUUCAGACAAACCCCCUUUUGGAAACUGCUUUUACAUGCCUGGAAAUUUGAAUCAAUCCUCUGCAUUAAACACUUUCUAUCGUAUUUUUGGAAGACAGUUUUUGGCUUAUCAUCGGCCAAAAGCGUCGCUUUGAAGGGAAAUUAUUUAAAUUUCGAGGGCAAGUGCUGAAUGUUCUUGUCCUGCAAUAGGUCGGCAAACUCGGGUGCGCAUAGAAUGCGUAUGGGCAUGCGUGCGCGUGUAUAUGAAAAUAGCAAUAAGUGGUAGUAGGUACUAGCUGUUGAUGUUACACAUUACGUUUUCGUAACCGAUUGUAUAUUGAUUUGCAUUCAAAUUUAUCCCCCUUCUCCCCGUGUCCUUGUGUCUGCGUUGGAAAAGAGGUGGUUGAGGGUCUCCAUUUGCCCGUCAAUAUUCUUGCUAUUGAUAUAUUCUUUACCUUUACCCAAACCUCUUGGGACUGGUUGGGUCCCAAAACAAAAACUCUAAACCUAUACCACUUUCGAGUAGUGCGAACGUUCACGUGACGAGAGGAAGUGAAGAGGAGAAGACGGAAGUGAAGAAGGGGGAAGAGAGGGGAAAACCAAUUGUAGAUAUGGAAAAUAACGAAAAUAAGCUGAAUAUGUGAUUUACGUAAUGAUUAAGAGAGCAAAAGGCAAGCAUACAGUACUUGUAAGCAUAAUACUGCAAAGCGAGCAAGAAAAGCCACACUGGCUGCUGCUGCUGCUGCUGGUAGCAAGAGGAGGGACUACAAAGAGAGUAAGGGGUAACAAUACCACAUUAUUAUGUACAUACAGUGUAGGUGAUAAGCUGGUAUCGUAGCGUAAAAUAGCGGUGGGCAGUCGCAGUUAAUUAUUGUCGUCGGUCGUCUUUCGCGUAUAAGUGAAGAGCACGAAAAUUAUCCUUGUAGUCCUCUGUAGCGCCCAAGCCGAUAAACGAAAAGGAACAGUUUUGGUGCUCAUCAGUCGCGCCAUCCAAACACCCAGCCCCAGAUUUAUCCUCGAUCCAAAUCGCGACGCCACAUUUUUUGGAAAAUUAGAGUAGAGGCCUAUUUGAAACCAUGUUACCCAGUUUCCGAUGUUGUCCUCGGGUUGUAUAAUGGUGGCGAAAAAUCGCGAAUCACCACCACCACCACCAAUCAUCGUCAGCUGGCACAUUUUCAGUUGUGUUAAGAUAAGAUAUUAAAUAGUGACUAUUAUUAGACAACAACAAACCCUAUGAUAAUCGCAGCCAAUGUUUGCAAUGAAAAUGAAGCAUUAAUCUAUUACCGUAAAUGCCGUUUUGUUUGUUUUUUUCUUUUCUGUUCCGUUCCUUCUCGAUCGUUGUACCACCCAUUGGGACGCUCUUCUCCUUUUUCCUCUGCCGCUACUACGAUGACGAAGCACGUCGCACGAUUAUCACCAGAACAUCGCCAUCGCUUCUUCGCAAUCGCACGCCAUUCCUCUAUUCGGGGUGCUAUGACGAUUGUGACGAAGAAAAUGGAGCCUAUUCGUUGGUGUGUCAUUUCUGCUUCUGCAAAACCGAUGCUUGGAUAUGACUUUUUAUCAUCAAUACGAACGUUUCUCCAGUAGAGCGCUUAAUAUGUUGUGAAGCUAAGUAGAGCCGCCAUGGUGAAAGAACCGUGAACGUGAACAUUAUUCAACAUUAAUGGUUGUUUUGCCUAUCAUAUGCUAAAGUGAGAUCGCACUCUUUUCCCACCCUUCGCUUACGAUUGUAGUGUGUUGUAGCAUAUAGCAGCGUGCUGAUAAGGUCUUAGUUUUAAGUAUCGCAAAAAAGCAACCUGCUGCUGCUUUCUGGCUUGUGUGCCCCCUCGAUGAUAUGCUCUAGUGUAAAGCACGCACUCUCUCACAUCUCAUUACAUUACUGGGAUGAUUGUGGCACACAGGAGUGGACAGAUUUUACGGAGAGCAACCGAAGCCGAACGACGGUAAUUUUACAGAUGGGCCAGGGUGGGUUUGCUGGUGAAGUGAUCUUUAAUUCCGAUCCACAACGAAUGCUUAGGUGCAACCUAAACCAACCAAAAAGUUGGGGUUAGUUAUUAUUCGAUUUUUCGGUUGUACAAUGCUCAAUUCGCAAUCCGUCGCGUCGCGAUAGCUUACCGAGCGAAAAAGACAAAUUCAGGGAAACACUUUUCGGACGCUUGUUGAUUAUUGUUUUGCGUAACAUAACAAAUCGAAAAGAAUCAAAAAUCAACCCGGUAAACUAAGCUAUACAACAAUACCGUUUAACUGGCAUUAGAGGCAACAGAGCAAUACAGCAGCACAUUCACAAACCACAAAUCGGAGAGUGGAGGACACUCUCUACUGUUGGGAUUCAAUUGCGGACCCUUGCCACACCGUAGACAGAUCCUUUUUAAUACUGUACCCCGACACUUUUAGCACCACUCUGGAGUUAGAAAGAUUUAGCACAAUGGGGCAACAAAACAAACUCAACGUUCAUUCACGAUUAUCGAAUGUUUAUUUUUCAACGCCGCCAAGGCUGGAAUUGCAAUUAAACAAACAACAAAAAACCAAGAGCAUCAACAGAAAAAAUGGUUCAAACAACUACAGAUAAAUAGCGAGCAAAACGAAGGUUUUACUACAAUGGAAACAAAUUUAAAAAAUAAAACUCAGGAAAAUUCAUUGCGGAAAACUGAAAACUUUUGCGAUAAACCGGGUGGGGGGGCACUAGUGGGAGACCAAACUAAACUAGCCGAGGUUCGUUCGGUUCGUGCACAUACACAAGACAUCAAUUCAAACUCAAUGUAGAAAGGAACAGGUAGAACAGACAUAGGGAGCAGCUCAGUCGAUUUUAUUUUCAAAAAUUCAAUUUAAAAACGCAUAAGUUAGGCUGCAGGAUGCGUUCUAUUAUGUCUGGGUUAUGGAACACAUUUUAAAAUAUCUAGGCAAU